UCCGGCGUAGAAAGAGUCCAUGCUUGCUCUGCUUCAGAAAACAUCGACAAUUGCUCUAAAUCAACUGGAUAAAGUCACAUUUUAAACAGUCAGCAGGAUGUCCAGUUCGGACGUGUCCUCCUCUCCCAAAUCAACACAGGCUAAAACCCAACAUCCUGACAACAACUCCAAACCAGUAACCAAACAGAACCCUGUCCCUGCCUCCCCUCCCCUCCGUGGUCUGAAGCUGGCCCCCCACAGGGUGCUGGAGCAGGCACAGCAGAGGGGCAGGCUGAAGUGUUCUAGCUGCGGAGGCUCCCGGAUGUUCUUCUGCUACACCUGCUGUUCUUUAGUGGGCGUCAGCCAGCAGGAAAUCCCCUCCGUCAAGCUCCCUAUAAAGAUUGACAUCAUCAAGCAUCCCAGUGAGGUUGAUGGGAAGAGCACAGCCAUACACGCCAAGAUCCUCGCUCCUGAUGAUGUCACCAUCUACACCUACCCCUGCAUACCUGAGUAUGAAGAUGAAACAGACAAAGUAGUGCUGGUGUUCCCUGGUCCUGGAUCAGUCUCGGUGGAGGAGAUGUCACAGAGAUUACAGAACCUGGCUGACAUGAAGUCAGCUGCCUCCCCAGAGAAGGAACCUUCCCCGAAGAGGCCCAGAGCCGAGGAGGCGCCAGGGGCCACACAGCAGGCUGAGGGACAGACAUCAGGGGCCACGCACACAGAAGAGAGGGGAGGGGAAGCAGGGUUAGAGGGCCAAACUGAGACACCAGGGGCCUGUCCCCUCCAGAGAGUGGUGUUCAUCGACAGCACAUGGAACCAGACCAACAGAAUCAUCACAGAUGAGAGACUACAGGCGUUGCUCCGUGUGGAGCUGAAGACCAGGAAGACAUGUUUCUGGCGCCAUCAGAAGGGUUCUCCAGACACCUACCUGGCAACCAUAGAGGCUGUCUACUACUUCCUCAAGGACUACCAGGAGUUGUGUCUGAGACAGGAGUACACAGGACAGUACGACAACCUGAUGUAUUUCUACUGUUACCUACACACACUGAUCAACAAUGCUAAGACAACCGCUGGGAGAUGCUGAGACUGCAGGGAGGAGAGAGAGACAGAGAGAGGCCAAAACUACCGCAGGAAGACGGUGAGACUGGAGACAAGAACCUACCUACACACAAUCACCACCAAGGCCAAAAAAUAUAUAAUCGCUGACAACCUUUUUAUGAGAGUAAAGUAGGUCAGAUAAAAUGUCACAACAGGCCUGAUGUAAACUUUCCAAAUGUCGACAAAACAAUACUCUAGACAAGGUGGGGUCUUUUUGUGUCGGUAAAAUGUAUUAUGCGAGAAAUGGCGGUGGAAACGCUUUUAGGCGCAAAUAUUGUGAUAUGUCGAUAUGCAUUUUAUUAGGCUACAGGUUAAAUAUGUUAUGAACUUCACAGGGUGGUGAAAGUGCAAGGUGAUGAGCUUGAUGCUUCUUUCCAAUAAAUAUUGGGGGUCGUAUUCUGGUGAUGAUCGAUGCUUUGCUGCCGUUUGACAAAUAAAAAAUAAUCUCGCUCUUUCGUCCAUAAUAAUCUCAUCACGUAGGCUAUACCCACACUG